CCGCCGGACUGAUUUGCGCGCCUCCUCCCCAAGUGAUCUGAGCAGCAGCGGCAAAGCCAGCCGAGCGGAGGGUCACACCGGCCUCCUCGUCGCUUCCGGAAUACCCCCAGGCAAUGACCCUGGGCUGCUGGCGACCUCUGACAAUUGGAGUGCUUUUGUCCACAAGCGAAUCUCGUCAGUCCUGAGUCAUAAACUUUGUGCACUCAGAAACCAAACAAGACGGCAGAAUUUCAAUAUUUCCCUCGUCUGUGCUUCCGGAGCGAUUUCAGAGGAUUGAAAGCAAAUAUUUUUAGCCUGGACCCAACAUUCCAGAAGGGUUACCGCUUGCUCUCUACUUCUAGAAUUCAGGAGUAGAGACAGGAGAGGAAAGUGAUGAAAGAGGAAAUGUCUCGGGGCCCAGAACUAGAAGGAAGUCAAGAACGAUCAGGAAAAUCCAUCAAUGCAGUUCAUCUUGGAUAUAUGACAGAGCAACCAGGAUGGGGAGCAUCACCAGAGGGCCAGGGGGAGCCAUCCAGGCGGAUGCAACAGCACUGGGAAGCCCAAUGGCAGGACUUCCUGAGGACGCUGCAGCCCCUUCACACAGGAUGGGGAAGCCCAGUGAUGCCAGAGACUGCCCCGUGGGUAGAUGCCAAGGCCUUUCUGGCCUCCUUUGAGCAAGUGGCCAAGGCCUGCCAGUGGCCGAGAGGAGAGUGGGCGGCCCGGCUCCUGCCAGCCCUGAGUGGGGAAGCAGAAGAGGCCUUUCGCAGCCUGGAUGUCAGAGAUCAGGAGGACUAUGGGAAAGUGAAGACGGCCAUCUUGCGAGGAGAAGCCCUGAGGAUGGAGGUGCAGCGCCAGCACUUCAGGCAAUUCUGCUGCCAGGAGGUCAGAGACCCCCGAAAGGUUCACAGCCAACUACAAGAGCUUUGCUGCCAGUGGCUGAAGCCGGAGAGACACAGCAAGGAGCAGAUCCUGGAGCUGCUGAUCCUGGAGCAGUUCCUGGCCAGCCUGCCAGUGGACCUCCAGGGCUGGAUCCGGGCAGGAGGGCCGGACACCUGCUCCCAGGCCGUGGCCCUGGCCGAGGACUUCCUCAUGAGCCAGCAGGUGGCUGAGACAGCAGCCAAGACAAGGAAAUGGCAGGGGCCAGUGAAAGAAGAGUGUGUGGAAUCCCUGAAUGUGGAAGAAGAGCCCCUGGAAGCUACAAAGGGACAGAUCUACGAAGAAGAAAAGCCAAGCAGUGAUGUGGAGAUCAACGUUCUGGGCAGUGGAAUCAAAUGCCCAAGUCACGCCAGUUCAUCGCUUCCUCCUGAAGGACACGAAAUGGUCCCGGCUGGUGUGAAAGAGGAACCGAUGGACCCCACAGAAACAAGCCUCUCUUUGCAGAUAGUCAAGCGAAGUCUGGCCCAGCCGGGCCAACAGACCAUAAUCUGGCAAGUCCUGCAGGAGGACGGUGGGAAUGUAGAUUCUGUGGGUGACGAGAAAGGAAGUCCACUCAAGACAGAGAAUUCCCAGUUUGGAAGAAAGGAGUCAGAGGAAACAGCCAGCACAGCUCCACAUAUAAGCCAAACAAAUGUGCUGGAGACAGCUAUGAUACAUGAGGAAGGAACUGAGUCCAAAGAAGAAUGGGGAAAUCAGCCAGUGAAGAGAGAGAAUGAAUGUCAUGAGCUCACAGAAAGUCUUAUAGCAGCAAUUAGUCCGGCUUCCAAAGAACACCGAAGUGAUAUAAUGCCCUUGCUGUCUAAGUAUGGUAGAAGGUAUCACUACGCAUCAGGACUUGAUAUGAUACAUACCUGGGAAGACUACGACAAGCAUCCCAUGUCAGAGGAAAACCUCCUGCAGAAUUCAUACUCUCAUAAACAGAGAACUUUCCCCGGCGAGAAAAGAUAUGAAUGUCCUGAGAAUCGGAAAAUCCCCGCUUUUAGACCAGCAUUAGUGAGCCAGCAAGGAAUUCACACUGGAGACAAACCGUACAAAUGUUUUCAGUGUGGGAAAACCUUCAGGCAGAGUGGAGCCUUGAGGUGUCAUCAGAGAAUUCAUACCGGAGAGAAGCCCUACAAAUGCCCCGAGUGCGGGAGAGGCUUCACUCGGAGUGAAACUUUGAAGAAACAUCGGAGAAUUCAUACUGGGGAGAAACCGUACAAAUGUUCUCAUUGCGGGAAAAGCUUCAGGCAGAGCGCAGCCUUGAUGAGCCAUCAGAGAACUCAUACCGGAGAGAAACCGUAUGAAUGUUCUCAGUGUGGCAAAAGGUUCACUCGGAGUGAAACGUUGAAGAAACAUCAGAGAAUACAUACGGGAGAAAAGCCAUACAAAUGCUCUCAGUGUGGGAAAUGCUUCAGCCAAAGUGGGGUCUUGAUGAGUCACCAGAGAAUUCAUACUGAAAAGAAGCUAUAAAUAAGUUCUGAAUGUAGGAAAUGCUUUAGCCAUGGUGAUGUAAAAGAAAUACCAGAGAUUUCAUACUGACCAUGCAAAAGUCCUCAGUAUGAGGAAACCUUCAGUUAGAGAGAGCACCUGAAGGAUCAUCAGAGAAUCCAUGUGAGGGAGGAAUUGGUCAAAUGCUUUGAGUGGGGAAGAAGCUCCCCUCAGAUUGAUUAAAAAAUGUGAGGGAAUUCACAGAGGACAGAGGUGUUCUGAGCAUAGGAGCUGUUUCUGUCAGAAAAGUGCAAUGGUUUAUCUUCAGAGAGAUUCACAGUUAAUAUCCGGGGGGAGGUUCUUAACAUUUCUCAUAGGAGGCCAUGUUGUUGUUACCACCCUAGAAAGAGAAAUGGCCACGCAUGCAAAAAAAACCCAAGGAAAUCCAGUCUGCAGAGAAAAGGACUCUCUAUCUAUUACUUUAUUUCUAUGGUUCCCAUUCAAGGAUAACAUGACCACAGAGAAGGGGGCAGUGACUGAAACUGGAACUGCCAAGGUAUCUGCAUCUGGGAGGAUGAGAUGGGCCUGUUCAGAAGAUACCUUAAACCAUGGCUUUAACCACGGUGAAUAAGGCCUUUUGCUUUAUUCACUGUAGUUAAAGCCAUGGUUUAAGGUGUCUUCUGAAUGGGGCCUGGCUUUCUGGCUUAACCACCAUGGUUAAAGCCGUGGUUUAAGGUGUCUUCUGAAUGGAGCCUGGCUUUCUGGCUUAACCACCAUGGUUAAAACAAUGGUUUAAGGUGUCUUCUGAACAGGGCCGAUGUCUUGUUAGAAGUGUGAAACAGCCCCUAGGCCACAAUUUUAAGGGUCGACAUCUGCUAGUAAAGAUAUGCCCAACAGAAGAAAAGCCUACAUUACUGCCUCUCCACUUACGGAGAGAGGAGACAUUUUGUUCCGAAUAUCAUCUGUUAUAGAACGGCGAUCUUUUGGUGGUUGAAGAGACUGAAUACUUUUAAUAGCUUUCUGUCAAUAAAAGUUCUAUAUAUUCUGCUGAACCUGUGGUGUUGUUGAAACAAAGCAGCAACUAAAAUUUGCCCGUGGUAUCCCCUCAAUAAAAAGUCUCAACAUUA